AUGAUUCUAUCUGAAGCAGACAAGACAAUGGAGUGGCAGAAUGAUGGUCAAGUGCACAAGAAUGUAUGUCAUCAUCAUGGAAUUAAUGCAUUAGGAAGUCUCGAGAUGCUUUUCUUUGCAUUCUUCUCAAAGGAUGAAUUACUACGUGUUAGUAGUGUCUGUACUGCAUGGAAAACAUUGGCUCGUGAUGAUUUAUUCUGGGAACCAUUGCUAUUGACGUCCGUGGAGAAAUAUCCAAUACGAUUAUUACUAGGUUUAGAACGCAAUGCGACACAUGAAUACAAUGCUGUACCUGCUAUAUUGGUGUAUAUGGUGUAUCAGAGACUGAAUAUUGCACAGACAGCAUCUUGCAUGGAAUAUAAAGACUUUGCAGAACGUACGGUACAUUCUGCUACUAGGAGCUAUAAUGGUAGAUAUCCCGACUUGGUUCAGCCGCAGAAUAGACAGAGACAAGCUGAACGACUUCAACAAACGAAAAGGAAAUGUCGAGGACAACAAGAUGACGCACUGUCGAGUGUGCAUCUUGUUUGUAUUAAAGCUAACUCGACGGCAUCGAUAUUGAGAAGGCAGCAGGACCAGGAAGUGACGCAGAUGGCUGCGGGACAGCGUCUGCAAACACAGAGAGAAGAUGAUCAAAGUGCUCGUCCUACAGCUGGUGUCUUGCAUAGAGAGGCAGCAAUCUUUGGUGACGAACAACCCGUUAUGGUAAAUACUCAGAAUGAUGCUGGUGCUGGUGAAGAGGAGGAUGUGUACAGUGUAGCGGACGGGCGGGACCGGGUGACGCUGUGCGCGUGGCUAUCUACUAAGAAGCGGGUCAACGAACGCACCUUGCGUUCCUUCUUACGUCAAAUGUUACUUGCAGUAGAUGCAUUGGAGCGGGCAAAUUGCAAGCACACUGAUAUUUCUCCUGUCAAUAUUGUGGUGCGCUGCGAGUCACGAAAUAAGACGACAUUGUCACAGGAUGCCUCAACUUCUUCUUCUGGCUUACAGGUGGAACGAGAUGAAAGCGAGGAGGAGGAGGAUGAACGUUAUGAUUGCAGUGCAUACAACUCAGCAGUCCAUGGGUCAAGGCCAAAGGUUUUGCAGGACAAUGGGUACUAUAGUAAGCGACACAUGCCUUUUUUCCAGCUUUUUAUUAGCCGGCGGAAUUGUCGACAAACAGGCGGCAUUCAAGAGAGCACUGCGCAUCAUGUUCUUGCGAUGGAUGCGGAAAGGAAUAUUCAUGCACGGAACGGUAAUGGCCGACGUGACAUUGUGCGAGAGCGUCAGAGACCAGCAGAGGCAGAACAGGAAAUAGCAGCUGGUGCUGGUGUUUUCGUGAACGGUGACAAUCGUGGUGCCAUAGCUGCUGCUGCAUUUCGCGAUCAAUUGGCACUGCCCCACUCUAGUAUGGUGAGCUCAGUAAUCCAAACCGCUAUGACUGUGUGGGCUCGUGGACGUUUUGCGGAUGCAAAUGCGUCCUCGCUGCUGGCACAGCUACUGCGCUUCCCAGACAGUUUUUCGAGUAGUCUGCGGUCAUUCCUGGAGUAUGCUAAGUAUCUCAUCAUAACGCACUCGGCUACCGCAUCCAAAUUACUUCGACAUGACUAUCUUCAGUGUCCAGGAGCAUAUCUACAUCUUCAUUCGUCGCCACAUUGGCAUACAACGCGACCCAGCGAUGUUAACGAGUACAAAAGCAAGCUUGUAGCGUUUUAUGGCAGCAUGCCAUCCCGCAUGGCUGAGCUUUUGAACGAAAAUGCGGGUAACUAUGUGGGACCAACAGUAAUGGACGAGCUCAUGCCGAGGACACACCUUGGCACACAGUACUUUUCUGAGGCCCUGGAGGAAGCUAAUCUUUGUUCAAAACGCUUCAUCAGCGUCGUCGCACCGUCGACUACAUCGUCGUCCUGGGUCCGCAAACUAGCGUGCUCGCAAUCUUGCACACUGCAGCGUUUGGAUCUCUCUCAUGCGCGCGUGCCAAUGUCUGUGCUGUUGCAAGAGCUUGCCAUGCUACCGCGAUUAACGCAUUUACGUUUGCCCAAACAGAUUUUACGAGACGACAAUAUGGAGCACCUUGUGGCUGCGCUGGCAUUUACUGAUCUCCUACCGCACCUGCGCGGACUUGAUACAGAUGUGCGUCAGGCCAUGGACCGUAUGGAAAAAUCCUAUCUCAUGCAGCUCGAUAUGGUCACGUUUCUUCUGCAAAAACCUAAUACGUCUAAGGUAUCAUCUGGAGCCGUAACAAAUGCAUCGAAGAAACUUGUUCUGUCCUAG